UGAACUUCAGAGUCUUGCUUGGAUAAAACCACUUUGUGUUAACUCUGUGAAUGACUUGCUAAUACACCUGCUGGGACAGUUGCUGCAGAGUAUGCACUUUGAGAGGUGCUAGGGAAGAGAAAUAUUUGGAUUGUUUUUGUUUUUUUUUUUCCCCUGGAUCAUUAUGAACAUUGGCUUUUGACCCCUAAAGUCAAAAUGUUGAAAGCAGAAUCUUCAGGUGAACGGACCACUCUCAGAAGCGCCUCGCCGCACAGGAAUGCAUAUAGAACUGAGUUCCAGGCACUGAAAAGCACCUUUGACAAGCCCAAGUCCGAUGGGGAGCAGAAAGCCAAGGAAGGUGGCGAGGGCUCCCAGCAGAGCAGGGGCAGGAAGUAUGGCUCCAACGUCAACAGAAUUAAAAAUCUGUUCAUGCAGAUGGGCAUGGAACCCAACGAGAGCCCUGCGGUCAUUGCCAAAACCAGGGGCAAGGGAAGACCCUCGUCCCCUCAGAGAAGAAUGAGGCCUAAAGAGUUCUUGGAGAAGGCCGACGGCUCUGUGGUCAAGCUGGAAUCCUCCGUUUCUGAGAGAAUUAGCAGGUUUGACACGAUGCAUGAUGGUCCUUCCUAUUCUAAGUUCACCGAGACCCGGAGGAUGUUUGAGAGAAGCAUGCAUGAAUCGGGACCCAACAACCGUUAUUCCCCAAAGAAGGAGAAGGCUGGAGGGGGUGAGCCACAGGAUGAGUGGGGCGGCUCCAAGUCCAACCGAGGUAGCACCGACUCCUUGGACAGCCUUAGCUCCCGAACCGAGGCUGUCUCUCCAACCGUGAGUCAACUGAGUGCAGUGUUUGAGAAUGCUGAUUCCCCGGGGGCUGUCACUGGUGAGAAGGCUGAGAGCAGUGAGUAUUCGGUGACUGGCCACUACCCCCUGCACUUACCCACCGUCACCGUCACCAACCUCGACACAUUCGGCCACCUGAAGGAUUCUGAUUCGUGGUCUUCUUCCAGCAAACAAGGUAUUGAUGCAGCCGAUGCUCCCAAGGCUGAUACAGCCCCGGUGCCAGAAGUGGCUUCUAAAGGGACCUCUGCAGCUUUAGUUGCUACUGACGAGAUCCCACAGAGCAAGGAGGCUGAGGAUUCCUCGUCUGUCCGGGAAGAACCCUGUGCUGACCGUCAGGCAGCGCCUAAGUCUGGGAUCCUCCCCCCACCCCACGAAUCUUUGGAAGAAGCUGAAGCAGAUUUGGUUGGGGGGGAGGCAGCCAAGCCACCAAGGAAAGACCCCGCAGGUGGGGAUUUCAUCUCUCCGGCAGCUUCUGCAGACACUUGUGGGAAAGAAGCACUCGAAGACGCGCAGGAGUUGGAGUGUUCUCAUGUAUACAUGCACAGUGACUACAACGUGUACAGAGUGAGAUCCAGGUAUAAUUCAGACUGGGGAGAGACAGGUACCGAGCAGGACGAGGAGGACGACAGUGACGAGAACGACAGCUACCAGCCUGACAUGGACUACUCCGAAAUCCUCGGGCUGCCGGAAGAAGACGAAAUCCCAGCCAACAGGAAGAUCAAGUUCAGCAGUGCUCCUAUCAAGGUGUUCAACACGUACUCCAAUGAAGAGUACGACAGGAGAAAUGACGAGGUGGACCCCGUGGCCGCUUCAGCAGAGUAUGAGCUUGAGAAACGGGUUGAAAAGCUGGAACUGUUCCCGGUGCAUCUGGAGAAAGAUGAGGAUGGUCUUGGCAUCAGUAUCAUCGGAAUGGGUGUUGGAGCAGAUGCCGGGCUAGAAAAGCUGGGCAUAUUUGUGAAGACGGUCACCGAAGGCGGUGCUGCCCAGCGGGAUGGCAGAAUACAAGUCAACGACCAGAUUGUGGAGGUGGAUGGAGUCAGCUUGGUGGGUGUCACCCAGAAUUUUGCUGCAACGGUUCUCAGAAACACCAAGGGCAAUGUCAGGUUUGUUAUUGGACGGGAAAAACCAGGACAAGUCAGUGAGGUUGCCCAGCUCAUCAGCCAGACGCUGGAGCAGGAGAGGCGCCAGAGAGAGCUGCUGGAGCAGCACUACGCCCAGUACGACGCUGACGAUGACGAGAACACUGUGGCUGAAUUGCAAGGAGUGUCUGGCAACUGCAAUAACAAUAACAACUGUUUCGUGAAGACAGGGGAAUACGCAACAGAUGAAGAGGAAGACGAGGCAGGGCCUGCUGUUCCUGGCGGGGACAUGGCCAUUGAGGUCUUUGAACUGCCUGAGAACGAAGACAUGUUUUCUCCAUCAGACCUCGAUACAAGCAAGCUGAGCCACAAGUUCAAAGAGUUGCAAAUCAAACAUGCAGUCACAGAGGCAGAGAUUCAAAAAUUGAAGACGAAGUUGCAAGCGGCAGAAAAUGAGAAAGUGAGGUGGGAACUAGAAAAAUCCCAACUCCAGCAAAAUAUUGAGGAGAAUAAAGAGAGAAUGCUCAAGUUGGAGAGCUACUGGAUCGAGGCUCAGACACUAUGUCACACAGUGAACGAACAUCUCAAAGAGACCCAAAGCCAGUAUCAGGCCCUGGAAAAGAAAUACAACAAGGCCAAGAAACUGAUCAAGGAUUUUCAACAGAAAGAGCUUGAUUUCAUCAAAAGACAAGAAGCUGAAAGAAAGAAAAUAGAAGAAUCGGAGAAAGCUCAUCUUGUGGAAGUUCAAGGCCUGCAAGCACGGAUUAGAGAUCUGGAAGCUGAGGUGUUCAGACUACUGAAGCAAAACGGGACCCAAGUGAACAACAACAACAACAUCUUUGAGCAGAGAACAUCGCUCGGUGAAGUCCCCAAAGGAGAUACCAUGGAGAACUUGGACAUCAAGCAAACCUCCUGCCCAGAUGGCUUAAGUCAAGACCUGAACGAAGCAGUCCCAGAGACAGAGCGUCUGGAUUCAAAAGCUGUGAAAACCCGUGCCCAGCUCUCGGUGAAGAGCAGACGCCAGCGGCCCUCCAGGACAAGACUGUAUGACAGCGUGAGCUCAACGGACGGCGAGGACAGCCUGGAGCGCAAGCCUUCCAACAGUUUCUAUAACCACAUGCAUAUUACCAAACCACUUCUAGCUGAGGGUUCGAGAACUUCUUCAGAAUCAGAUUCUGGUGCCCCGCCCCUCAGCCGGGCAGCCAGCGAUGUGUCCUUCUCGCCUGACCAUGUAGCUGAAUUUCAAGAAGAAUCCCAGGACCCUGAGAGGGAGCCCUGCUCCUCUGUCUGGGGAGACACAACCCCCUCCUCUCCUUCAAAAUCAGAGCAGGACAUGGAAGACUCUCCUUGCCACCAUCAAGCCACCUCUAAGAAAGUAGCACAAGAAAAAGAUGGUGCCAAAGGUCCCAGAUCACCAAAGACUUCCGGUUCGUUGGUGGCACAAGGAGGAAAAAUUAAACAGAAGUUUGUGGAUCUAGGGGCACCUUUGCGAAGGAAUUCCAACAAGGGAAAGAAAUGGAAAGAGAAAGAAAAGGAAGCCACUAGUUUUUCUGCAGGUAGCAGGAUCUUCCGAGGCAGACUGAACAACUGGAAGCCCAGGCCGCCUUCUGCAGCUCAGGCCUCUGCCCGCUCCCCUUGCAUGCCUUUCUCAUGGUUUAACGAAAGCCGCAAAGGAUCUUAUGCCUUCGGAAACCUGCCGUCACCUCCAAGCCCCCUUCAGCCUUCUCCUGAGACUCUAAAUUCAGAUAAAAAGGGGUCCAAGAAUUUUACCUUCAAUGAGGACUUCAGUCCCAGCAGUGCCAGUUCUGCAGACCUGAGUGGCCUGGGAGCAGAACCCAAAACUCCGGGGCUCUCGCAGUCCGUAGUACUGUCAUCAGAUGAGAUCCUUGAUGACGGACAGUCUCCCAAACACAGUCAGUGUCAGAAUCGGGCCGUUCAGGAGUGGAGCGUGCAGCAGGUCUCCCACUGGUUAAUGGGCCUAAAUCUGGAGCAGUAUGUAUCUGAAUUCAGUGCCCAAAACAUCACUGGAGAGCAGCUCCUGCAAUUGGAUGGAAAUAAACUGAAGGCUCUCGGAAUGACUUCAUCUCAGGACCGGGCAAUGGUCAAAAAAAAACUCAAGGAAAUGAAGAUGUCUCUAGAGAAAGCUCGGAAGGCCCAAGAGAAAAUGGAAAAGCAAAGAGAAAAGUUAAGGAGAAAGGAACAAGAGCAAAUGCAGAGGAAGUCAAGAAAGACAGAGAAGCUGGCAUCUACUGCUGUGGAGGGCGCUGGCGAGCAGUAACGCACCUUCU